AGGAGACCAGAGCAGAGAGAAGGCUUUGCAAUUCCCACAAAAACACGGGUUUAUAAAAAGGAGCCGCGCGCCAAGAGACCACCCCACCGCUUCGUCUUCCUCCCGUCCCCCGUCGAGAGUUCCGCCAUUGCAGUCGCUCGAUUGUUGCCCUCCAAAAUUCCGAGCCCCAAAGCAACACUCCCGACUCCAGGCAACUAGCCCUGGUGAAAAUGGAAGCGACUGGUGGCUAAUUGUCAUCAGGCUCAUAUGGCCAUUGAUAUUGGGGCUAUGUAUGUAGGAGGGACUUGCUCCAGCAUCAUUAAUAAGGAGACCAAGGCCGCAUAUUCAACUAGAACAAACCACCCCAAGGCCUUUCAUGAUGGGAUAGCACUUUAUAUGGCAAAAAUAACAAAUUCAGAUAAAUAUAAGUUGAAGAACAUCAUUUCAGUAUCAUUCAAACCAAUGUCCCUUACAGUUCCAAUUGGUGAUGGAUAUCAUGAAUUUUUUUGUGUGCAACAUCACCAUGCCUAGCAAAUAAGCAACGUCAAUAAACAUGGCAAUCAUUUCAAAUAUUGUUCCUUGUUAACAGGGAGGCAACAAUUGGCUAGGCAGUAGGCACUUGGUGCAACAUUGACAAUGCUUGCACUUGUUGCACCAAGAGAACAUUUUGUUCAGUCCCAGGCGUGCAUCAGUGCUAGAAUGCAGCUCAAGUUUUCGGCUGAGCAAAAUCUCCCCUCCAGUAUGAUGAUCCAAAAGCAGGACGAUUCAUACAGCGUGCUGAUACCUGGUCUACCAGAAGAUCUGGCAAAGAUAUGUCUUGCUCUUGUCCCUCGGAGCCAUUUCGCUGUCAUGAGCUCUGUGUCAAAGAGUUGGAUGUCAUUCAUCGGGAGCAGGGAGUUCAUCGCUGUUCGAAAGGAGAUUGGGAAGAUCGAGGAGUGGAUUUAUGUCCUGACCGCUGGAACAGGCGGUCAGGGAAGCCGUUGGGAGGUGCUGGGGAGCCUGGAUCAGAAGAAGAGGAUACUUCCUCCUAUGCCUGGACCAAAUAAAGCUGGAUUUGGCGUGGUAGUUCUUGAUGGAAAGCUUUUUGUCAUGGCUGGCUAUGCUGCUGACCAUGGGAAAGAAUUUGUUUCUGAUGAGGUCUACCGCUAUGAUGCUUUUCUGAACAGGUGGACUGCACUUGCCAAGAUGAACGUUGCACGACGCGACUUUGCAUGCGCAGAGGUCAAUGGUGUGAUAUAUUCAGCUGGUGGAUUUGGACCUGAUGGCGAUAGCCUGUGCAGCGUUGAAGCGUACAAUCCACAGCAGAACAAAUGGAUACUGAUACAGAGUCUUCGCAGGCCGAGGUGGGGCUGCUUUGCUUGUGGGCUCAAUGACAAGCUCUACAUCAUGGGUGGCCGUUCAAGCUUCACCAUUGGCAAUUCUCGCUCCGUUGACGUGUAUGAUCCUGAUCGCCAAGCUUGGGAGGAGAUCAAGAGAGGAUGUGUGAUGGUCACCUCUCAUGCUAUUCUUGAAAAGAGGCUGUUCUGCAUCGAGUGGAAGAACCAGAGGUCACUUGCAACAUUUAACCCGGCAGACAACUCUUGGCAGAGGAUCCCGGUGCCGCUUACUGGCAGUUCCAGCACCCGAUUCUGCCUUGGGGUGCUCGGCAUGAAGGUCCUGCUAUUCUCACUGGAGGAAGAACCUGGGUACCAGACACUGAUGUAUGACCCGGCAGCACCAACAGGAUGCGAGUGGCAGACGUCUCAGCUCAAGCCUUCAGGAUCGUGCAUAUGCUGUGUGACCAUUGAAGUUUGAUGGUAUCGAUAUGUUGAAAUGGCAUCAUCGUAUUCUAGUUCUACUGCAUCUUUGAUCUUCUGAAAAUUUGGUCAAAUGAUGUACAUUGUUGUUCAUAGUUGUAUACCAGAAAACUUUCUACUUUAUGGUGCUGUGACUUUUAGAUGCUGCACUUCACCUUGUAAUUUGAUCCAUUUAUGAUUUUGUAAAGUAUGCCAUAUUAUUUUAAUUCAUUAAUAACAGCAGAAAUCACUUCAACA